UGUCACAGCCAUGAUCUCGAGCUCCCAUUGGCUCCUGUCUGCAAGUACGUCACAAUCAUGAUUAGAAUUGAUGAUCGGACGUUCUGAUUUCAUUGUCUAGCAAAGGGGACUGGCGAAGAAAUCUGCUGAAUUCGAACGUUCGUCUGAUUUUGACAUCAAAUAUGCCGCAUUACCCAGCGUCGCGCCAGGCACCCUGAGACAAGAUGAGUGCAAUGAAAAUAGCGCUAACCUAGAAACAUGGAGGUUCUGCUGUGAUCUGCAUGGCUGCCCCGUUCCCCUCCAGUAGCAGAAUGGAUGCCUGGCCGCAGAGGCGUGGCCUGCAGACUAUGAACCUGCGGUCAGUGUUUACGGCUGAACAGCAGAGGAUCCUGGAACGUUACUAUGAGAAUGGGAUGACCAAUCAGAGCAAGGCCUGCUUCCAGCUAAUACUGCAAUGUGCCCAGGAGGCCAAAUUGGACUUCAGCGUUGUCCGGACAUGGGUUGGCAACAAAAGACGUAAACUCGCGUCCAAGGUUGACCAGAACGGAGGUGCGUCUCAUUCCUUAUCUAGUCACGGACUAGCUGGGGGGCUACUCUCCAAUCACACAUUAGCCGGAGGGGCUCUGUCCAAUCAAUGCCUAGCAGCAGGGGCACUGCUUCCUGCUGAUAUGGCUGCAGCGCGGAACAUCCAGAAUCGUGUGCACCUACUCCCUCCAUCCACAUCCUUCCCUUCUUUCUCAUCAACAUCUUCAUCCCCCUCAUCUUCCUCUCCUCUCAGCAGCGGUAGCAACAACAACAAUGACGUUAUACUGACUGGGAUCUACUCUCUGAACUCCGUCCCUCGAGCCCGACAGACGUCCCGACCCACAGCCCCCCCACCUCAGUUAGACUCCGAGCUUUCCGCGCACACGUCCUCGUCCCUGAUCAACCAAGUGCUCCAGAGCAGGAACAGCUCCACAUCCUCACCUGUCCACUCCAAGCUAGUGUCACUCUCCCAGAACCUCCCAUCUCUCACAUCUGCCUCAGGGCCUAUAGUCUACACUGCAGUCAGGAAGGGCACUUUAUCCCUUGGGGAGGGGGGAAUAAGUGCUGGAGCAGGGGUGGUACCUCACAGCUGGACUAGACAGUAUGGUACAGCGCAAACCCGCCCGUGGUCCUCUUCCUCACAGUCCCAGGCUCAGCUUCAGCCUAGACCUCACUCCAACCCCCAACCUCAACCGCCGCCUCCCCAGAAGACUCGGGCCUCCCUCCCAGCCCAAAACUCUGGGUCCUCUUCUGAGCAGACACCUCGUAUUCAGCAGGUCUUCACGUUGUCAGGAAGUAGCGAGGGGGACCGACUUAGACCCGGGCCGUCGUCUGCUCUGAGAGGCCAGGAAACCCACAGGCCAGCUCGACGCCCUCUGGGCACCAGUCAUGACUUCUCCAUUGCCAUGGAAACUGGAGAUGAAGAAAAUGAGUGGCAAAGGGAAGAAGAGCUGGCGAACAUGGCUGCUCAAACACACAUCCACAGGGAGCAGACGUCAGCAAGCCCAACCGGGGAUGAAGUGUCCGUCGUGAGCCACACGCCUCCGAUGACUAGCCCCAGACCCGCAGUGCUCCACAGCAACACAACUCUUCAGGGCAGCUACUCCCUCACAGCACAGACCUCACUUACAGGGGAAUCCAGCUCACAGUCUCCAGUUAACAUGUCUGCUGCCCCCUGGGUUAUCAGCAACUCCAGAAAGAGAACAUCAGACAGAGCUUUAUGUUUUCAGCUGCAGGAUCGCACCCAGUUCAGUGAUGGGGAUCUCAUCCAACUGAAGCGCUACUGGGACCGCGGCAUGACCAGCCUGGGCUCAGUGUGCAGGGAGAAGAUCACUGCUGCAGCGAACCAACUCAGUGUAGACACUGAAAUAGUCAAGACAUGGAUCAGUAACAGACGGAGGAAGUAUCGUCUUAUGGGUAUUGAAAUCCCCCCUCCUAAAGGUGGGCCUGCUGUAUUUACGUCCUCAUCCCCGGGAAAUGAAUCUCCAGUGGCCCUUAGCCCCGACGAGGAACGGCUCAGGACGCCCGAACUCGCGGACGACUUGAACGAUGAGGGAUCCGUGUGCUCGUCGGAGGAUGGCACCAUUGAUUCACAACACAGAGACGGAGAAGAUGGAACAGAUAUGUCUGCUGCUGCUCCGCUGGCUAAUAAUGUGAAGAUCGAAGUAAUCGAUGAGGACGAAGAAGCUGAUGAUGAUGAAGGCGAAUUAGUGGCUUCAGACCUCGAGCAAAUGCAGAACCUUCUGGAAUUCAAGCAUGAGGAAGUCCAGUUCUUAGAGAAUGAGCUAGAGAACCAAAAACAAAAAUACCAGGAGCUUGUGAGCUUCACGAAGAGCCUGCUCAGCGCUGUGAGGAACAAUGACCUGCAGAGACAGCAGGAACUUAUUGCCAGUCUACCUCAGCCUUCAGACCAGGACUGGGACAUGACUGUGGAGAGAGGAGCCCAGCUAGACUCAUCCUUCAUCCACAACGACCCCCAGACAGCUGGUGUGAGCGGCACAGAUCCCCCACGGGCCCAAGCAAACGACGAAGUCCCGCUGGUCACCGUAAACGAAGACGACACAACAUCUGAAGCCACCGAGCCCUCUGCAUCAGAGGAGCAACUGCAGGAAGCAGUUACAGAACAAGAGUGACUUAUCUCAUUUGCAUCACCUCACACACACGUCUCAUACAGGUGUCUCCGCACUCCACGCAGAUGCAGAUUUCACACAAGAAAGACUGUACGGUCUUACAUUUACACAAACACUACUAGUAAACUCCACGCCCAGUGCCUGUGGAUUGAUGCUUCACUAUGACUGUUGGGCUGACAGAUGCCUUUUUUACUGCAUAUCAUUCGCCUUGCUCUGGUCCAAACCAGAGAGAACAAUAAAUGACCUCUAACUUAACUGUGUGUAUGUCUGUUUAUCAUUUAUUAUUAUAAGGAUCACACCAUUUUU